UUCAUCUUAGGUCAUACUUAGUCUGAUUAUAGAUCAGACUGCUAGAAGUAAUACGACAUAAUAAUAUUCGAAAAAUUAAGUGAGUGAAUUAUAGGAAAGUGUUUAUGGCACAACGAAUUUGCUUGAUACAAUAAUACUUCCAAAUAAAAACAAAAAAUUGCUUUAAAAAAUAAAUAAAACUAAUACGAAAUGACUUCGAGGGACUAUUAUUAUCAAGACAGGACGUGCGGUCAACUGUUAAGACAGUACGAUCCCCACCUUUUAGACAUAUAUAAGGCUGAAAUGAGUUACGGUAUACAGAGGUUCUUUUUAUUAUCAUACUGCCUGGCAUGUUGCUGGCCAGGAAUAAGAGCCAAAACUGGUCUGAGAAUAGUACGACAAUGGGCGGAGUUAGAUUUCGAGUUUCCAAGCGAAGCGGUGCGACAAAUAGCGGCAGAACGGCAGUUCUAUGUACCUGGCAAUUCAGUUCCUAUCGACGUUGAUGUACAAUACAGACAAAGUCCAGAGAAAUCAAGAAUAUUCGUAACGCUACCUCGGUUCGAUGUCGGUCGGCCCGUCACACUCGGCGUGGUUGCUGAAGACGGUCGAAUCCGUGGAUAUCCAGAUUAUUCCUGGCACGACAAUCAAGGAAUCAACUGUGAUGGCCUCACAUCCGUAUUCAGAGUGGCUAUUGACAAGUGUAACCGCCUAUGGGUGAUGGACGCAGGGAAAAUCGGCGACAUGCAAGUGUGCCCGCCACAGCUUCUAGCAUUCGACCUUCACAGCGAUCAGCUGAUUUAUCGUCACCGAGUGAACGCCUCCAAUUAUAUCGCCACAUCGCUUUUUAUUACGCCUGUUGUGGACACAGGACGAGGACCAAGCGGUUGCAUGAAUACAUAUGUGUACGUAGCUGACGUCUCUGGUUUUGGUCUUCUCGUCGUGGAUGUUGCCAAUGAUCGCUCUUGGAGAGUUACACAUCGCCACUUCUUCCCUUAUCCUAAUCAUGGGACCUUCACUAUCGAUGGGGAAAGUUUCGAUUUGAUGGAUGGUGUACUCGGAAUGGCACUAUCACCUCCUCUCCCCGAUGAUGACAGAUUCUUGUACUUCCACGCGCUUGCUUCUGUCACAGAAAACGUAGUCCGGACCAGUGUACUGACUAAUGACUCAUUUAUUCAGAAUUCUAAUGCGGACCCUGGCUCAAUCAGUGCGUUCCCCGAAAAAAGGCCAAACCAGUCAGCUGCCGAAGCAAUGAAUAAAGACGGUAUUCUAUUCUUCGGCUUGAUGGAACCCCCGGGCAUAUGGUGCUGGAAUUCUGCUACUGAAUUCUCUACAAGAAACUUCUAUCAAAUUGCAAUCAAUAGAGAGACUUUACAAUUCGCUAGCGGUUUAAAAAUUGUGAACAAUCUUAAAGGACAAGAAGAACUAUGGAUCCUUACAUCUAGUUUUCAACGAGUAAUGACUGGUUCCUUAAGGUCAGACAGAAUAAAUUAUAGAAUCCACGCCGAAAAAAUCCCAACUUUAUUGCAAAAUUCUCCUUGUUUGAUGCCCCCAAAGGAUCGUACGACUGGCCAGCAUGCCAAUCUCAUUACAGCAGACAGCCCAAAACAUAUCUUCAGAUAUGGAGUUGUAGCAUUUCUUUAGAAAUACAAUCUAUGUCUAAUAAAAUGCGGACCAGUUUUGUGUUAAAUAAUUGGCCAUAAAGAUUAUUGUGUAUUUGGAGACGUAUUAAUAUAGUUUGUAAGAUAAUUAAUAGUUAUAUAAUAAAUUAUUAAAAAAUA